UUUGGAACUCAAACGCAUCACCACAGAUGACGUAGCAGGGGAGGGAGAUAAACAUGGCGUCCGGACAGCAGUGGGUGUUGGUGGAAAUGGUGCAAGCGUUUUAUGAGGCUCCUGCGUACCACCUGAUCCUGGAGGGGAUCCUCAUUCUGUGGAUCAUCAGACUUCUCUUCUCUAAGACCUACAAGCUCCAUGACACCUUUAAACUGACAGAGAAGGAGAAGGAGGAUCUGAUUGAGGAGUGGCAGCCAGAGCCUCUCGUUCCUCUUGUUUCCAAAGACCACCCCUCCCUUAAUUACGAUGUUGUCACAGGGUAA